AAUUCAUGUGUAACAUCCCGGGCCUGGAUGACAUCACGGCAGCUCUAGGUCUGUGAAAGACUUGAGGAUGAUUAGCUGGAGGAAUUGGGUGUUUCUGCCAAUCAUAAUCGGGCAGAGCUGCCUUUACAGUUCUGUGGAUAGGAGAGAGAGGGAGGGAGGGAAAGACGGACUCCAGCUAAACAGCAGGCACAGCGCAGGAGCCAGGCAGAGCCUGAGCAGCUGGUAUUCCAGUGAUUAAAUAGUUCUCACAGCCUUUUCUGCUGUACCCGGUCUGCUCCCUGGUGUAAUUCUCGUGUCCAAGAAGGAAGCUGCAUUUUAACGGUGUGCUGAACAGAGGUUUGAAUCAUUCCAGCUGGCUGCUUGUUUUGAAAAGGAUAAUGUGUGUAUAAAUAAAAAGACUGCUAGAAGAGUUCAGGCACUAGGACUGGAGCUAAGAAAGCGCUCUUGGAAUAUUGUAGGAGCAGACUGCACGAACUGAAAGCUACUCCUCAUUAACCUGGAGCCAAGUGAGCCUGAACACUGGAUAUUUCAUCUUCUAACUCGGGAUAAAUUCAAGUUAGCAAAAGAAAAAAAUUGAAAUGCUUCUCUAGAUAAUGCUUAGAGGAUUCUGCAGCAAUUCUUGGUAUUGGAUAUAUUCAAAAUCUCUUCAACCUUUAUCCUUCUGGCCCACUGCCUUCCAGCUUUAACUCAUUUGUGAUCCUUUCAAAUAUUUUACAUGAUUUGCAAUGGUUACAUGAACUUUUGGGAAGUGGUAAUUCCACCAUCUCAUACUUUAUUCGUGAUGGCACUUUAGGAAAAGAAGUUGGAAAAAAGCUUCCAAAGCAUAAAUUUAAAAAAUGAAUCUUAUUGUGAAGCUUCGGAGAAGUUUCCGAACAUUGAUUGUUCUCUUAGCUACCUUUUGUCUGGUGAGCAUUGUCAUUUCUGCCUAUUUUCUCUAUUCUGGCUACAAACAGGAAAUGACACUUAUUGAAACCACUGCAGAAACAGAAUGUGCUGACAUUAAAAUUCUACCGUAUCGGUCAAUGGAACUGAAAACGUUUAAACCUAUUGAUACGUCUAAAACUGACCCUAUGGUCCUCCUCUUCGUGGAGAGCCAAUAUUCUCAACUUGGUCAAGAUAUCAUAGCUAUCUUGGAGUCCAGCCGAUUCCAGUACCACAUGGUCAUUGCCCCAGGCAAGGGAGAUAUACCUCCUCUUACAGAUAAGGGCAAAGGGAAGUACACUUUAGUUAUCUAUGAAAAUAUUCUGAAGUAUGUCAGCAUGGACUCAUGGAACCGAGAGCUUUUAGAAAAAUACUGUGUGGAAUACAGUGUUAGUAUAAUCGGUUUUCAUAAAGCCAAUGAGAACACCUUACCAAGUACACAGUUAAAAGGAUUUCCAUUAAACCUCUUCAAUAAUCUAGCUCUAAAGGACUGUUUCGUCAACCCUCAGUCUCCUUUACUGCAUGUUACCAAAGCCCCCAAGGUUGAGAAAGGCCCUCUUCCUGGGGCAGACUGGACUAUUUUCGAAUAUAACCACUCAACCUAUCAACCUGUGCUUUUAACUGAACUACAGACAGAAAAAUCCCUUUCAUUUUUGUCCAGUAAAAUACUUUAUGCGACAGUAAUUCAGGAUCUGGGCCUUCACGAUGGAAUCCAGCGAGUUCUCUUUGGCAACAACUUGAACUUCUGGCUGCACAAGCUCAUCUUCAUAGAUGCCAUCUCCUUCUUGUCAAGGAAGAGAUUGACACUGUCCUUGGACAGGUACAUCCUCGUGGACAUUGAUGACAUAUUUGUGGGGAAGGAAGGAACAAGGAUGAAUGUGAAAGAUGUAAAGGCAUUACUAGAGACCCAAAAUUUACUGCGCACUCAGGUUGCAAAUUUUACCUUCAACCUUGGAUUUUCAGGGAAGUUUUACCACACAGGAACUGAAGAGGAAGAUGAAGGUGAUGACCUUUUGCUUCGGUCUGUGGAUGAGUUCUGGUGGUUUCCUCACAUGUGGAGUCAUAUGCAGCCCCACCUGUUCCACAAUGAGUCAUCUUUGGUGGAGCAGAUGAUUCUCAACAAGGAAUUUGCACUGGAACACGGAAUACCUGUCAGCAUGGGCUAUGCUGUGGCCCCUCAUCACUCAGGGGUCUACCCUGUUCAUAUUCAGCUGUAUGCAGCUUGGAAGAAGGUCUGGGGUAUUCAAGUCACCAGCACUGAAGAAUAUCCACAUUUAAAACCUGCACGGUAUAGAAAGGGCUUCGUCCACAAUAGCAUCAUGGUCCUCCCUCGACAGACCUGUGGGUUGUUUACCCAUACUAUUUUCUACAAAGAGUACCCAGGAGGACCUCAGGAAUUGGAUAAAAGUAUCAAAGGAGGUGAACUUUUCCUUACAAUCCUUCUAAACCCAAUCAGCAUCUUCAUGACUCAUUUAUCUAACUAUGGGAAUGACCGCCUAGGGUUAUACACCUUUGUGAACCUGGCCAACUUUGUGCACAGCUGGACCAACCUGCGUCUUCAGACUCUGCCACCAGUGCAACUGGCCCACAAGUACUUUGAGCUCUUUCCUGAGCAGAGAGACCCACUCUGGCAGAAUCCAUGUGAUGAUAAAAGACAUAAAGACAUCUGGUCCAGGGAGAAAACCUGUGACCACUUACCAAAAUUCCUUGUAAUUGGGCCACAAAAAACAGGAACAACUGCACUUUACUUAUUUCUUCUCAUGCACCCUUCCAUCAUCAGCAAUCUUCCCAGCCCCAAAACAUUUGAAGAAGUUCAAUUCUUUAAUGGCAACAACUAUCACAAAGGAAUUGACUGGUAUAUGAACUUUUUCCCUACUCCAUCCAACAUUACAAAUGAUUUCCUAUUUGAGAAGAGUGCUAAUUACUUCCAUUCAGAAGAUGCCCCCAAGCGAGCUGCAUCUCUCGUCCCCAAAGCCAAGAUCAUCACCAUCCUCAUCGACCCUUCAGACAGAGCUUAUUCAUGGUAUCAGCACCAGAGAUCACAUGAAGAUCCAGCUGCCUUGAGGUUUAAUUUCUAUGAAGUUAUUACAACAGGACAUUGGGCCCCAUCUGACUUAAAAACUUUGCAGAGGAGAUGCCUUGUACCGGGAUGGUAUGCAACCCAUAUUGAAAGAUGGCUAAACUAUUUUUCUACUUCUCAGUUGCUAAUUAUUGAUGGACAGCAGCUGAGAUCUGACCCAGCUACUGUGAUGGAUGAAGUCCAGAAGUUUCUGGGAGUUACACCUCAUUAUAAUUACUCUGAAGCACUAACUUUUGAUCCCCAAAAGGGCUUUUGGUGUCAGCUUUUGGAAGGAGGAAAGACAAAAUGCCUUGGAAGAAGUAAAGGCAGAAAAUAUCCACCCAUGGAUCCUGAGUCCAGAAGUUUCCUCUCUAACUACUACCGAGACCACAAUGUGGAACUGUCCAAACUGCUACACAGACUGGGGCAGCCUCUGCCAUCGUGGCUGAGACAGGAGCUACAGAAAGUGAGAUAGCACUGGGACCAGGCCAUGCUUCUCAAGAUUCUUACUUUAUCCUUGAGUAGAAAAAACAAGCCCCACAACUUUAUCCCUUUACUGCACUUGUGAUUGUCAACAGAGGACUGUCUGAAAUGUCCUUCAGUCUUUUUCGUAAAGAGAAAGCUGUUACAUAUGCACGCAUAGGCAAUUAUUAGCAUCAAUCCCUAUGUAAGCUUUUCAGAAAAAAAAAAAAGAUAUGCGGUCUUGUGGCAUAAUCAAGUUUCUAAUGUAGGGAUUAUCUUACAGCUCAAUUCCUCUGUUAACCAGAAGGUUUCAGAAAAUCAAUGUAUGACUAAUAAUGCUAAUGAUAUGCAAAUGACCAAUUAAAAUUUUGAGGAAAAGAUAAAGACUGAAGCAUAUGUAAAUGAGGUUAGUAGUAACUUAAUAUCUGAAUUAAGGGCUAACAUUUUCCCCUGGAUAAUUUUAAAAUAAUUUUGCUUUUUUAUGAAAAGAAAUUAUAUAAUCCCAUACUCUUAGUUUUGAGUGAUUAUUAUUUAUUUUAUUUAGCCCCCAUAUAUUUUCCUCUGUAGUUACUGCCCAUUAUAGAUUUUUUGAAUUGCUAAAAAAAGUUGUGAAGUUGUAGCCUAUAUGGUUUUUCUCUUUUACAAGGGGAAAGAUUGAUUCAUUACAAUUACUCUUUCAUCUGACAGAGUAUGGAAUCCUCAGUGAAUCUGGAAUUAAUUCCAAUAAAUCUGCUAGAGAGUUUGGGGAAAAGGAGAGAUCAAAUCUACAUAAUAUCACUGUUAUGUGCAAGGUGAUCUUUAAAUUGAUACAGUACCUAUAUUAUUAAUCUAGAUAUUCCAUCUUGACCAUGAUGUAGUAUUUUGUAUGCUUUUUCACUAUCCAAGCUAGGAGUGAAAAAGUUUAUCAAUAUGGUAUGAAAUGAAGACACCAAGAUAUGUUGCAGGUAUAUCAAGUCAUUGCACCUUUAAUGUAGUAUAUGUCAAUCUUUUCAAGGCAUGAAUUUUUUCUUAUGUAUUAGUACACCUAGUAUUGUAGAUUAUGUUUCUAAUGUCUAAAGAAAUACAAUCUAAAAUUUGCCUCUUUAAACAUCACUAAGUCUAUAACUUGAACCAAUUCCUCACUUAUGUCACCCAAAUAUUAAUUUCUAGAGAAGUGACAUUCUUUUGUCUUACAUAAUAGGUUCCUCUUCUACUUGGAGGUUGUUAUCAUGCUAGUUGGAUCUUUAUGCCAUUUGUCAACGAUGAUAUAGUAAGGCUUUGUUAAUCUUUUCAGCUAUACAUGAAGGUAAAAUUUCAGUGGAACAGUACAUCAAAAUGGCUUUGAUAAUGUUAGCUAUCAAUCUAUCUGUUCUCCAGACUAACUUUUCUAUAGGCUAUAAAUAAAAUGAUUUUGUUAUAAUUUG